AUGCAAGGACACAGCAAAUGUGCGCAUCCUUCGCCCACCCUUGCUUUCACGUCGACGCCGCGCACUGUCCAUGCUGAGAAACGGAGGAAAUUGCUCCCACAGCCAACGACGCCCACGCCGCUGCCACCGAUGCCGACAAUGACAAGAAUGACACACGCAAGUAAGAGGAAGUCAUUAGGCGGCGACGAGGAGCCCCAGCUCAAAGUAGAGCAGCCAAUGAUGGUGUCGACUAGGAAGAAGAAAAUGCGCAAAGACGAGUUGGAUAUGUGUCUUGAGCAGAGUAAAGGGAAGAGCAUUGAUAAAGGAAAAGCAAAAGCGAGGGAGGAGCCGGUGUCUACCUCAGCACCACCAAUCCCUGAUCCCAGCUGCUAG